AUGGCUUUCUCAGGCAAAUAUGAAGUAGAAAGUGAAGAAAACUACGAUAAUUUUAUGAAGCGCAUUGGUCUUCCUGCUGAUGUAAUUGAAAAAGGAAGAAAUUUCAAAAUUGUUACUGAAAUAGUACAGAAUGGAGAUGAAUUCACCUGGUCCCAGAUUUACCCAGGAGGGAAAUCCAUGAUUAAUAAAUUUGUCAUUGGCAAGGAGUCAGACAUGGAGACAAUGGGUGGCAAAAAAUUCAAGGCCACAGUUAAAAUGGAAGGUGGAAAAGUGGUUGCUGACUUCCCUAACUAUCAUCACACUGCAGAGAUUGCUGGGGGGAAACUAGUAGAGAUUUCUACAGUUGGUGAUGUAACGUUCAAGAGGACCAGCAAGAAGCUGGCAUAAUAGUACUGGAGAAGGAAUAACC